CUCCUUCUCUCUCUCUCUCUCUCUCUCUCUCUCUCUCUCUCUCUUUAUCUCUGUCUCUUUCCUUCUUUCGGGAGGAUAAGCUUAAAAAGUGAGGUUAUGUAUAUACGAGAGGUUCAGCAACGUCGUAGAGCGGUGAUUUUCUUAACCGGCAAGAGAGAGAAAUAAAUGACGCAGAUCUUUAAUAAGUGUGCGCGAAGGAUGGUGAAAAUGAAGAGGAUGUAAUCCGUUAGCGUAAAUAAGAAGAAAAAAAAGGAAAUUUAGUUGCGAUUGUAAUAAUUAUUACGUGCCAUUAAUAUCGGAGUCUAACUAUCUAACCUUUUGAUGAAGUCGAUAACUCGUUGAAAAGAGAGAGAAAGAGAAAGACAAUAUGCUGUGGGAUACGCGAAGAAGCCCAUGGAAUCUUGCAUAUUCAAUAUGAUAAGUAUCUACCAGUGAAGAAACGUAGCUGUUGACAGCUUAUAGUUCCAUAAAAUGACCAAAGAUGACUCUACAAUAAUAAUACAAGUUAUCUGGUACAUUUAUCAAUGUACAGAUUGUUUAUAUCACAUUCGUGGAAUAUAAUGUCAUCUCAGAUAGAAAAAAGAGUUUAAGUUUAUUUACGUUAAAGAUGGCAGAAGCUGGUUCAGAGGAUACCGCUAAGAUUAAGAAAGUAGCAGUAGUAGCAUCAGCAGAAGCAGAGGAAACUGUUAAUGCAAAUGUUAUAUGUUUAACGAAUGAAGAAACAAAGUCUAAAGAAGAGGCAAAGGAAGAAGUUUUGCUUGUAGAAAAGGAGAAAGAUAAUAAUGACAAGUCUUCUAAUUCCACAGACUCAUUCGUUUCGCUUAAAAAAUGCAACGAAGAUGUUACCGUUAACAAUUCCAAAGAUAAUUCUUGCCCAUCUUGUUCUACUGAUGAAAAUACAUUAAAGAUUGACAAUUCAACUAAUGAAAUUAAUAAUGUAAAAAAGGAUGUCGAAGAAAUCAAACAAAAAGAAAAAGCUCAACAGAAUAAGGAUUCAGAAAAUGAAAACGGUAAUGUAGUAAUGAUCUCAGAGGUAAUUGAAAAAUCAAAUAAAGUAAAAACGGAAGCGCAUUCUACAAAUGAGAAAGAUACCAUAGGCAGGGAACAACCUACGGAAUCUAUAACGACUAGUACGAAUGAGAAGAAGGUACUGGAACACCUAGAGAUAAGGAAAGAAAUUAAUAAGGAUAAUAUUAAUAUCGAUGAAGAAACUUCACUAGAAGAAGGAAAGCAAGAGUUAAGAAAAGAAUCUGUUGAACAGAAAAAGUUAAUAAGCAACGACGAACAAUUGGAAGUUGGAAUAGUUGGUCCACCAACAGCGGUUAGCGAUUUGAUAAACGAGGAGGAACUUCAUGGAGAAUCUGCUUUAUCGGCAGAAGAAAAGAUACAAGAUCACGUCGCGGAAUGGGUUGAAAAAUCUGUCGCAACGGAAGUUUUGAUUACCGGCGAAACCGAAGAAGAGGAAGAAAAUGAAAUUGCAAGUAAUUGUCGACGAAGAAGAAGGAAUCUUAGAGAUAGAAGGAAAAGGAAAAAGGAAAACGAAGAUCUUCCUGUGGUGUCUACCCGAAAGUCUCAAAAGAUCGUCAGUAACAUCAUAAAACGAAGUAUAAAAUGUUUGAACAAGAUGCACGCAAUGGAAGGUUCCGGUGGAAACGGGAAGAGGGUGGACGCUGCGGAAAAAACGAGAGAGGAGGAUACAUCGAGAACUUCGCCGAAAGUUCCACAAAAUCAACAAAAUGGUGCGGCACUUCCGGAAGAAACUGCAGCCGCGUCAACGACCACCGCGGAUCGUUUACGAUCCUCGUCGAUAAAGAAGGAACCUUUAGGCGACUCGGAAUUGGUUGAAACAACUACGAAAAAAGCUUUAUCCUCGUCGGAUGGUUCGCAACAAAAGGAACGUGCACCAACACGUUCUCUCAAAUCUGAUUUAGUGGAAAACUUAGGGAGAAAGCGUAAAUCAACUGAGGGACAGUUGUCAUCUAAUGGAAAUCCCACAGCUAAAAAGUUUUGUCUGGAACAACGAGAACGAGAACAAUAUAUCUCCUUUGCAGUUGGCUGCGAAAAACUUAGCCCGGAUGAACUCGCCGCAAAAGCUGAUCAGCUGCGUAGCGAAGUUCAGGCCCUCGAUCUGUUAGCGCGUAGCAAAGAAAUGGAGUGGAAUGAGAUAUUAUGUAUGAGAAAGCUAAAAGAAGAAGCAUACCUGAGGAUUGAAAGGAAGAGACAGGUUUUAGGGUUUAUGGAAGGAAACCGACAGCUGGGAGAAACAUUACCGCCUGCGAGUCUAUCUUUGGGACAUGAAUGGGAGAGCAGCGAUAGCACAACGCCCGUGUCUAAAGAAAAAUGUUCUUUCGAAUCGAAAGAAGAUGUUAUUCCCGAAGAAAGCUCGCAAGAUUUGCCGACAUUUAAGAAAGAAAAGAGUUCAAAAGCAUCGUCCCAUAGACAAGUAACGCCACCUAAACAAACUGGUGAAAAUGGUCGAAAACAAAUGGAAGCAAUGAGUCCUGAAAAUAGACAAAUUGGAGAAGGUCGUCAAGGCACGAUCAUUGAUGUUAGAUCUAUCAUUGCUGAUCACAAGCUAAGACAUCCGGAACAUGUUCCACGAAGGGGUCGGAGAAUGAGGAAUUCAGUGAAUGUCGGUUUGAGCGCGGGUGGAGCUAUGGUCGAAACCGGACACAAUGUAGACUCGCGACCAUCUAGUACGGAUUCCUGUAAAAGCAAUUCGAAUGCCAAUGAUCCUAAUAAUUCCAUGAGCUUCAAAGACGUACUCGUUCAAUUUGCAAAGAUGAGCCAGCAACAAGGGGAACCGGUGAAAACGCCCCAGAAUUAUCCAGAUGUAACUUUGCAUCCUGUAGCGCCAUCAGCGACUUCGCAAACUAUGCAAACUCAGUCGACUGGUUCAUUGCUUCAUGGAAUUCUGACUAAAUCACAAUCUCCUAGACCAACCACCUUUUCGCCCACUUUAGCCAGAUUACUCACAGCUCCUGAAAGGGAAAGGAACAUUCCUACUGUUUCUUUGCCACAGCAAAGUACUGGAACCCACCUUCUGCAACCGUAUCAAGGCUCUACUCCGGUUUCUAUCAGCGAUCUCCUGUCUUCUUCCAAGGCGAGGACAGAAAUAACUAUUACGCCAGUCGUCAAUACGGCAAUACAAUCUCAUUCUAAUAAUUUAAUUCACGUGGAGGAUGUGGAGGAAGAGGCUGCUGUCAUAGAGGACAGAGAAACUCGAAUUUCUUCGGGUGGAAGGGAUAACAGAGACGAUAAUGCACCACGUUGUCAAGGUUGUCAUGAAUGUGCUGCACAGUUCGUAUGUGCCGGCUGUGGUAAUCAGUGGUAUUGCAGUCGCGAAUGUCAAGUUGCGGCAUGGGACGAGCACUCUGAGUUGUGUACCGGCUAAAAUAGACGCGUUUAAAUAUCUUACCCGAAUAUUCAACUACUACUUGAGUUACACACAAGUAAAACAACCUACAUAAUUAAAAACGAAUCUAGUCAAGAAACGAAAUGAAGGAUUAAAAAGGGAGAGCUAGAAAACUUGAUUCUUAAACAAGCAAGAUUAUGGAAGAAAUGCUAUAAGAACAUUGUAUAUUUUUAAGAGUGUCUAAGUAUGUUUAAUCUGUAAAAAUACAAGUAUAAUUUUAAUUUCCAAGAUCGAACGAACGAUUGCCAAAUUUCAUGUGUCAUGCUACAAAUUUAUGAUGGAAUGUAGCAUAGAGAAAAGUCUUAAACGUAUUUAGAAAUAACAAAGAUCAAAAUGUAAGGGUCGUUGCUUUACUAUAACCUUUGCAUUGCCUUUGAUUUAAUAUUGGGAUUAUGGAAAGUCGAUUUUUCAUCAGCGAACAUAAGAAGCAAAAAAAA